CCUGCUGGCUAGUGGCUCCGGGCGCGCAUGUGCGCACUUCCCCCACACCACCCCCCCCACCCCGGCUGGAGGGGGCGGGGCCACAUUGCGUCAUCGGGGCGCGCGCGGCGGACAGCGCCGUGGUUGCCGGAAGUUGGGUGGCGGCAGUAAAUAAUGGCGGCAGUUAUGGGGGAUCCCGGACUCUCCAAAUUGCAGUUUGCCCCCUUCAGCAGUGCCUUGGAUGUUGGAUUCUGGCAUGAGUUGACCCAGAAGAAGCUGAAUGAGUAUCGGUUGGAUGAAGCUCCCAAGGACAUUAAGGGUUAUUACUACAAUGGUGAUUCUGCUGGGCUGCCAGCUCGCUUAACAUUGGAGUUCAGUGCUUUUGACAUGAAUGCUCCCACACCAGCCCACUGCUGCCCGGCGGUUGGAACGCUGUAUAACACCAACACACUCGAGGCUUUCAAGGCUGCAGAUAAGAAGCUACUUCUGGAACAAGCAGCAAACGAGAUCUGGGAAUCCAUCAGAUCGGGGGCUGCUCUUGACAACCCUGUCCUCCUCAACAAGUUCCUCCUCUUGACAUUUGCGGAUCUAAAGAAGUACCACUUCUACUAUUGGUUUUGCUCCCCCGCUCUCUGCCUUCCAGAGAGUAUACCCCUCAUUCGGGGGCCAGUGGGCUUGGAUCAAAGGUUCUCACCAGCACAGAUUCAAGCCCUUGAACGAGCAUAUGAUGAUCUUUGUCAAACAGAAGGAGUCCCAGCACUGCCUUACUUCUUAAUCAAGUAUGAUGAGACCAUGGUGCUGGUUUCCUUGCUUAAACACUACAGUGAUUUCUUCCAAGGUCAGAGGACCAAGAUAACUGUUGGUGUAUAUGAUCCCUGUAACUUAGCCCAGUACCCUGGAUGGCCUUUGAGGAAUUUUUUGGUCCUAGCAGCCCACAGAUGGAGUAGCAGUUUCCAAUCUGUUGAAGUGCUCUGCUUCCGGGACCGCACUCUGCAGGGGAUGAGAGACGUCACCCACAGCAUCAUCUUCGAAGUGAAGCUUCCAGAAAUGGCAUUUAGCCCAGAUUGUCCCAAGGCGGUUGGAUGGGAAAAGAACCAGAAAGGAGGCAUGGGACCAAGGAUGGUGAACCUCAGCGAAUGUAUGGACCCUAAAAGGUUAGCUGAGUCAUCAGUGGAUCUAAAUCUCAAAUUGAUGUGUUGGAGAUUGGUCCCUACUUUGGACUUAGACAAGGUUGUGUCUGUCAAGUGUCUGCUGCUCGGAGCUGGCACCUUGGGUUGUAAUGUAGCCAGGACAUUGAUGGGUUGGGGCGUCAGACACAUCACAUUUGUGGACAAUGCCAAGAUCUCCUAUUCCAACCCUGUGAGGCAGCCUCUGUAUGAAUUUGAAGAUUGCCUGGUGGGUGGUAAGCCCAAGGCCCUGGCUGCAGCAGACCGGCUCCAGAAAAUAUUCCCCGGAGUGAACGCCAGAGGGUUCAACAUGAGCAUCCCCAUGCCGGGACACCCAGUGAACUUCUCCAGCGUCACCCUGGAGCAGGCCCGCAGGGAUGUGGAGCGGCUAGAGCAGCUCGUCGAAGGCCAUGAUGUCGUGUUCCUGCUGAUGGACACCCGGGAGAGCCGAUGGCUGCCCGCCGUCAUCGCCGCGAGCAAGAGAAAGCUGGUCAUCAAUGCUGCCUUGGGAUUUGACACAUUUGUUGUUAUGAGACAUGGCCUGAAGAAGCCUAAGCAGCAGGGAGCCGGGGACUUGUGUCCCAGCCACCCUGUGGCACCUGCCGACCUCCUGGGCCCAUCACUUUUUGCCAACAUCCCUGGCUACAAACUUGGCUGCUAUUUCUGCAAUGAUGUGGUGGCCCCGGGAGAUUCAACCAGAGACCGGACCUUGGACCAGCAGUGCACUGUGAGUCGUCCAGGACUGGCCAUGAUUGCAGGAGCCCUGGCGGUGGAGUUGAUGGUUUCCGUUUUGCAGCAUCCAGAAGGGGGCUACGCCAUUGCCAGCAGCAGUGACGACCGCAUGAAUGAGCCUCCAACCUCUCUCGGGCUCGUGCCUCACCAGAUACGAGGAUUUCUGUCGCGCUUUGAUAAUGUCCUUCCUGUCAGCCUGGCAUUUGACAAAUGUACAGCUUGUUCUUCCAAAGUUCUUGAUCAGUAUGAACGAGAAGGAUUUAAUUUCCUGGUGAAGGUGUUUAAUUCUUCACAUUCCUUCUUAGAGGAUUUGACUGGUCUUACGUUGCUGCAUCAGGAGACCCAGGCUGCUGAGAUCUGGGACAUGAGCGACGACGAGACCGUCUGACACGCCCCCCACCCUGGCUGCCGGCCCGCUGAGGGGCUCUCAGUCUCCGGAGCAGGACGCUGCCCCCAGGACCGGUGAUUGUGGUGAUUCUCCAACCUUUGUGGUCCCCUCAUCUCCAUACCUUAAGGACUGGGGCCCUCCCUCUGCUGCCCGGGAGCUUCUCCGUUUCUUAUGAUUCAUGGUCCCACCAGUUCUCAGCUAAAUAAUAACCUUGGCUUCGGCCUUGCCAGUGAUCUGGGA